GCAAUUACAAUUCGAAAUCAUUUCUUUCUGAUCUGUUGCCUUGUGCUAUUGCACAUUUUGAGUAACUUAUAGAAUGUUCAAGCUUGUGUCUCUGCUCCUGUGCAUGUGGAUUGCUGUGCAUCUGCAAGGAUCCUUGACAAGUGAUUCGGUGAGUGGAAAUUCUGGACGGCUGGACAGGGUGGAGAAUCAGAUGGCAGUGCUGCAGUCGCAGCAGUCGGGAGGCUCGGGGAACUUCUUGAAUAUCGGUUCAAAGUACUUCUACAUUGAGGAGAAUCAAAAAGUCAACUGGCAUUCCGCAUUGAAUAUAUGCACUAACAUGGGUGGCCAUCUGGCGGAUCCGGAAAACCAACAAGAACUGAAUUCCAUUUUGCAAAGACUCAUCCGCGGCCGUCACUAUUGGCUGGGCAUCUCCGACCUGGCCAAUGAGGGCUUGUUUCGGGCGCAGAAUACUGGAAGGAGGGCGACUUUCCUCAAGUGGGUUUAUGGUGAACCAAACAAUUAUGGAAACUAUGAACAUUGCGUAGAGCUUAAGUCACAACAAAACAGGCCAUUCCUAAUGAACGACGCCCCAUGUUGGCUCAAUUCGUAUUUUAUUUGCGAGACUGGCGCACCGAAUAAUGAUGAAUAAAUAUUGUAACACCAGUGUUCGUUGCAUGCCACUAGCAUCCGGAAAUAUAUAUGUAGUAUUUAA